UCUGUGACCCAGCUGCUGGCCCGAGACAUGGACAAUGACCCCCUGGUGUUUGGCGUGUCUGGGGAGGAGGCUUCCCGCUUCUUUGCCGUGGAGCCUGACACAGGCGUGGUGUGGCUCCGGCAGCCGCUGGACAGAGAGACCAAGUCAGAGUUCACAGUGGAGUUCUCUGUCAGCGACCACCAGGGGGUGAUCACGCGGAAGGUGAACAUCCAGGUCGGGGACGUGAAUGACAAUGCGCCCACCUUUCACAAUCAGCCCUACAGUGUCCGCAUCCCUGAGAACACCCCGGUGGGGACACCCAUCUUCAUUGUGAACGCCACGGACCCCGACCUGGGCGCGGGCGGGAGCGUCCUCUACUCCUUCCAGCCCCCCUCCCAGUUCUUCGCCAUCGACAGCGCCCGCGGCAUUGUCACGGUGAUCCGGGAGCUGGACUACGAGACCACGCAGGCCUACCAGCUCACCGUCAACGCCACGGAUCAAGACAAGACCAGGCCUCUGUCCACCUUGGCCAACUUGGCCAUCAUCAUCACAGACGUCCAGGACAUGGACCCCAUCUUCAUCAACCUGCCUUACAGCACCAACAUCUAUGAGCACUCUCCUCCGGGCACCACAGUGCGUGUUAUCACUGCCAUCGACCAGGAUAAAGGACGUCCCCGGGGGAUUGGCUACACCAUCGUCUCAGGGAAUACCAACAGCAUCUUCGCCCUGGACUACAUCAGCGGAGCGCUGACCCUGAACGGCCUCCUGGACCGGGAGAACCCCCUGUACAGCCAUGGCUUCAUCCUGACCGUGAAGGGCACAGAGCUGAAUGAUGACCGCACCCCAUCCGACGCCACAGUCACCACAACCUUCAACAUCCUGGUUAUUGACAUCAAUGACAACGCCCCAGAGUUCAACAGCUCCGAGUACAGCGUAGCCAUCACUGAGCUGGCGCAGGUCGGCUUUGCCCUCCCCCUCUUCAUCCAGGUGGUGGACAAGGACGAGCACUUGGGCCUGAACAGCAUGUUCGAGGUGUACCUGGUGGGGAACAACUCCCACCACUUCAUCAUCUCUCCCACCUCUGUCCAAGGGAAGGCGGACAUUCGCAUCCGGGUGGCCAUCCCCCUGGACUAUGAGACUGUGGACCGCUACGACUUCGACCUCUUUGCCAAUGAGAGUGUGCCCGACCACGUGGGCUAUGCCAAGGUGAAGAUCACCCUCAUCAACGAGAACGACAACCGGCCCAUCUUCAGCCAGCCACUGUACAAUGUCAGCUUGUACGAGAACGUCACUGUGGGGACCUCUGUGCUGACAGUCCUGGCCACAGACAAUGAUGUGGGCACCUUCGGGGAAGUCAACUACUUCUUCAGCGAUGACCCUGACCGGUUCUCUCUGGACAAGGACACAGGCCUUGUCAUGCUGAUUGCCAGACUGGACUACGAGCUCAUCCAGCGCUUCACCUUGACGCUCAUCGCCCGGGACGGGGGCGGCGAGGAGACCACAGGCCGGGUUAGGGUCAACGUGCUGGACGUCAAUGACAACGUGCCCACCUUCCAGAAGGAUGCCUAUGUGGGUGCCCUGAGAGAGAAUGAGCCUUCUGUCACACAGCUGGUGCGGCUCCGGGCCACAGAUGAAGACUCCCCUCCCAACAACCAGAUCACCUACAGCAUCGUCAAUGCCUCCGCCUUUGGCAGCUACUUCGACAUCAGCUUGUAUGAGGGCUAUGGAGUGAUCAGUGUGAGCCGUCCCCUGGAUUAUGAACAGAUAGCCAAUGGGCUGAUUUAUCUGACGGUCAUGGCCAAGGACGCUGGCAACCCCCCUCUGAACAGCACUGUCCCCGUCACCAUUGAGGUGUUUGAUGAGAAUGACAACCCUCCCACCUUCAGCAAGCCUGCCUACUUCGUGUCCGUGGUGGAGAACAUCAUGGCAGGAGCCACGGUGCUGUUCCUGAAUGCCACAGACCUGGACCGCUCCCGGGAGUACGGCCAGGAGUCCAUCAUCUACUCCCUGGAGGGCUCCUCCCGGUUCCGGAUCAACGCCCGCUCAGGGGAAAUUACCACCACCUCCCUGCUCGACCGUGAGACCAAGUCUGAAUACAUCCUCAUCGUGCGAGCAGUGGACGGGGGCGUGGGCCACAACCAGAAAACUGGCAUCGUGACUGUCAAUAUCACCCUCCUGGACAUCAACGACAACCACCCAAUCUGGAAGGACGCUCCCUACUACAUCAACCUGGUGGAGAUGACCCCUCCAGACUCUGACGUGACCACGGUGGUGGCCGUGGACCCAGACCUGGGGGAGAAUGGCACCCUGGUGUACAGCAUCCAGCCACCCAACAAGUUCUACAGCCUCAACAGCAGCACGGGCAAGAUCCGCACCACCCACGUCAUGCUGGACCGCGAGAACCCCGACCCCCAUGAGGCGGAGCUCAUGCGCAAGAUCAUUGUCUCUGUCACUGACUGCGGCAGGCCCCCUCUGAGAGCCACCAGCAGUGCCACAGUGUUCGUGAACCUCUUGGACCUCAAUGACAACGACCCCACCUUUCAGAACCUGCCUUUUGUGGCCGAGGUGCUUGAAGGCACCCCUGCGGGGGUCUCCGUCUACCAGGUGGUGGCCAUCGACUUGGACGAGGGCCUGAACGGGCUGGUGACGUACCGCAUGCAGGUGGGCAUGCCCCGCAUGGACUUCCUCAUCAACAGCAGCAGCGGCAUGGUGGGCACCACCACCGAGCUGGACCGCGAGCGCAUCGCCGAGUACCAGCUGCGGGUGGUGGCCAGCGAUGCGGGCACGCCCACCAAAAGCUCCACCAGCACGCUCACCGUCCGAGUGCUGGAUGUGAACGAUGAGACGCCCACCUUCUUCCCGGCCGUGUACAACGUCUCCGUGUCCGAGGACGUGCCGCGGGAGUUCCGGGUGGUCUGGCUGAACUGCACCGACAACGACGUGGGCCUCAAUGCCGAGCUCAGCUACUUCAUCACAGGAGGGAACGUGGAUGGGAAGUUCAGCGUUGGCUACCGAGAUGCUAUUGUGAGAACGGUGGUAAGCCUGGACCGGGAAACCACAGCCUCGUACACACUCGUCCUGGAGGCCAUUGGAGCACCCAGUUCAAUGUUUGCCGAGAGCUCAGGGUGA